AUGGAUCCGCAGCAUCUCCAAGCUACCUUAGACCUUAUUUUGGGACAACUGGGUACCGUUACUCAGCAAAUUCGCAACACCCAAACCGAUCUAGCUGACUUUAGGCGCCACACGAGUGACCGAUUAGAUAAUAUCGAGCGUAACGGGAAUCCUGCAAUCUAUACGCCAUCAAGACCUCACUCACCUUAUGGCGAAGACAACCGACCCGAUCAUGAACCCCCGCGAGAUCCCGGACGUUUUCAAGACCAUUACCAACGCAACCCAAGGCCACUUCAAGAGCCCAUAGGGGACGACAACACUUGGAGAGACAACGACGCUCAAUUACUGAAAAACAUUAGGAUUGAUGCCCCAACGUACGACGGGACCCUUGACCCUCAAGUUUUCCUAGAUUGGCUCAAGUCGAUGGAUAGCUACUUUAAAUGGUACAACAUCUCUGAAGCAAAGAAAGUCAGAUUCGCUGAAAUGAAACUCACGGGUCGAGCCAACCUUUACUGGACCAACUUGGAGGACAUGCGUGAAUCUCGAGGAGAACAUCCGAUAAGCGAUUGGAGAACGAUGAAACAGGAACUUAGGAGGAAAUACUUACCACCUUCCUACUACCCUAAGCUUCUGGAUAAGUGGAAUCGGCUAACCCAGGGGAGCAAGCCUGUUAAAGAUUACAUCUCCGCCUUUGACGAUUUCCUGAUUCGUUGCAACGGCGAGGAAUCUGCUACCCCAACACAAAUCCUAUCUAUGUUUAGAGCUGGCCUUAGGGAAGAUCUUAGGACUGAACUUUUUGCUAGAGGAAUAGACACCUUAGAGGCCGCUUGCAGCCUGGUACUUGACCUAGAAGAGUCCAAGACCCACUCCCACACUAGCUCAUAUAAGGUCACCAUUAUAGAAGAGGUUGAUGACGACGAGGACAAACCUGAGACUGACCUAGUUCAUCAUGUUGAUGAAGAAGAAGACUCCUUUACGGAAGAAGAACCCAUUACCCUUCAGGUUGUUACAUGCGCUUUGUCACAACCCAAGUUAAGCGAUGAUUGGCGUAGGACUUCCAUUUUUCAUACCUUUGUUAAGAUUGGGGAAAAGAACUGCAAGGUUAUCGUCGAUAAUGGAAGUUGUAUCAAUGCAGUCUCUUCUGCUAUGGUUUCCAAGCUCAACCUCAAGAUGACCCCUCACCCGAAUCCGUAUAAGGUUGCUUGUAUCAACUCGACUACAAUAGAAAUUAAGGACCGUAGCCUCAUUCCCAUAGAGUUCGUGGGAUAUCAAGACAAGAUUUGGUGUGAUGUUUUGGCCAUGGACGUAGGUCAAAUUAUCUUGGGUCGCUCAUGGUUAUUUGACAAUGACGUUCAUAUCUAUGGGAGGUCGAACACCUGCGUGUUCGAACACAACGGAAAGAAAAUUAAGUUAAUACCCUCUCAACCCAAGCCCCCCAAGACGAAAGCCAAGCCUACCCCAGCCAAACAAAGCAAAGGGCUACACCUCUUGACUGCUAAAGAAGUAGAAGAUGAAAUCACCCAAGGAGCACCUAUGUAUGCCCUAGUAGCUAGAGAAGUGGGUGAGGAUCAAAAAGAGCAAAUCCCCGAGGAAGUUAAACCCCUUCUUGAGAGUUUUGCUGAUGUGUUCCCUGAUGACUUACCUAACCAACUGCCACCCCUAUGGGACAUAUAG